UCCAAGCUGCUGAGCAGAGCAUAGCAGGGCACAACAUCAACAUUAACAUUCUCAUUCUCUCUCUCUCUCUCUAUCAGUUUUGCCUUUGAUCUUCCAAGUUCCAUGGCUGGUGACAACAUGCACCAACCACAGCCAUCAUUAGGGAGAGCCUUGCCUCCUGAUUCAGAAGAGUUCUCAUCCUUGUUCAACCAACUCCUCCACAACUCAAUGGACCCGAAUCAUUCACCUUCUGAUUUCACCACCACUGUUCCUUCUUCUCCCUCAAAUUUCCAUUUCUCUCACCCCCAUCAUUACAACAUCACUGCCUCUCAUGCCAACACCUUCAAACAACACAACAAUCACACCCCUGAUUUCCCUUCUGCUCCUGAGAAGAGUGUGGAGGCAUCGAAACCUGUCCCACCACCACGUUCUUCGUCAAAGAGGAGUAGAGCUGCAGAGUUCCAUAAUUUGUCUGAAAAGAGAAGAAGGAGCAGGAUUAACGAGAAAAUGAAAGCCUUGCAGAAUUUAAUUCCGAAUUCUAACAAGACAGACAAAGCUUCAAUGCUAGAUGAGGCCAUAGAAUAUUUAAAGCAGCUUCAACUUCAAGUGCAAAUGUUAAUGAUGAGAAAUGGCUUGAGCUUGCAUCCAAUGUCUUUGCCAGGAGGACUACGACCUAUGAUAAUGCCUCAGACUGGGUUGAACCUUGAUGCGGGUAAUGAACUUCAGAAUUGUACCAGUGCAAUUGCCUCAUCUUCAAAUGAUGAAAGCUUGGUGCGGCAUGCUUUUAGUUUUCCAAAGCAAUGCAGCAUCUCAAAUCAGUCUCUUGGGGCACCCUCAAUGACAAACGUAGCUGCUUCUGAUACCUCAUCCACUUUCCAUCCCUCUAUUAAGGAUGCACUCUACGGCAACAUGCCACAAUUGUUUAUGGACACAACAAAGAUUGGAAAGCCCCCUUCUCCAGACGUGUCUUAAACAGCUAGAGGGAUAGAAGGAUUUUUUAGAUGGAAAGUCACAUCGGAAAAGAGUAGCUUUGUUCUGGCAUUAUAAUCUACAUUUAAAUCUUCUGACUACACGGACACUCCAUUGGGUUGUUCGUGGUGCAGUCGGUAACAGUUUGACACAAUCUUUGUGCCAUUGUUGAUACUUGCAUAAAAAUGUACAAGUAUUUUCUAAUUUCAUCAAUUGCAAAAUGAAGCUGAUGAACAUUCUGCAACAUGUUGCGACUUCGGAUAUUUUUGGAUCUGUUAUGCCCUCGGAUGAUUAGAUAUUUACAAUAGAC